GAUUUCGUGUACAAGUAAAGCCGGAAGACGUAACUAUGAUCAGUCACAGAGAGAGGCAGCAUGUCGCAAUGUGGAUAGAAACAAGCCCAAGGCAGCAUGUCGCGAUGCGGAUAGGAACAAGGCCAAGGCAGAAUGUCACGAUGCGGAUAGGAACAAGCCCAAGGCAGCAUGUCGCGAUGCGGACAAGGACAAGCCCAACUAGAGAUGAUCAAACCAAAGAACAUAUUAAUUGCACACUUCCACCGAUGGAUGGAUACCCAGAAUGUGAAGGGAAAUUGAAGUGGAUGAAGGAGAUGUGGGAAACAGAUCCUUGCUACAAGAGUUUUGGGGUGGAUGGGUCUCUAUGCUCCUUCCUCAUCUACCUCAGCGAGAUAGAACCCUGGUGUCCUGUUCUUCCAGGCAGAGUGGGUUCCUCAGAACUAGAAAAGAACUUGGAGAUGGGGUCUGAACAAGCAGUUGUACGGGAAAGUCUAGAAGGCCUGUAUUCAUCUGUGGGAAACAGACCCCAAUACAGCUGGAUUCACCAAAGAAUUCAUAGUAUGAAAGAGAUUUGGGUGGAGGCUGGACGGUCUCUUUCAGCAAAAUACAACCUCACACAGCGGAAAGCCAAACAGAUCAUAGUGCAUCCUGGUGCAAUAACAUAUGAAUCGGGUGUAAAAAUAGCAGAGUCUGCCUUCCAUGGCGGCCCUCUUGGGGAACUAGUCCAAUGGAGUGACCUCAUCUCCACACUUCACAUCCUGGGCCACCAUCUUCACCUUUCUGGCUCCACGUUCGAUCUCAUGGAUUUUCUAGGGAUUAAAAAAGGUGCCUGCCCUCGUUAUUCAAGGGUGAAUGUAGAUCUGAUCUAUACAGACAUUGUCGGCUUUAAACAAAUUCAGAAAUCAGCUCCAGUGAUCUGGUCCCGAUAUAAGUGUAUAAUUCGGGUGUUGGAUUCUUUUGGCACUGAACCAGACUUCAAUCAUAUAGCUUGGGCCGAAAAGCACAACCUUAAGAGUCCAUUUGGCGGCCUUCAUCUGGUCCCACUGCAGUUCUACACCAUGUUCCCUCAUACUCCAGACAACACAUUCUUGGGCUUUGUGGUACAGCACCAACUGAGCACUGAAGAAAUUGAAAAGCUCAAGUCUACCAAGAGACAGAACCAGGCUCUUGUGUAUGGCAAGCGUGCAGAGUUUUGGCAGGGUAAAGAGGCUUAUCUGGAUGUUAUCCACAAGUAUUUGGAGAUCCAUGGGACAGUUGAUAAAAAUACUUCAAUUCCAAGCUAUGUGAAAAACCAUGGCAUUAUUAAAGGGACUGCAGUACAAAUCCUGUUGAGACAGAGCAAGGUUUUUGUGGGGCUGUCAUUCCCAUAUGAAGGCCCUGCCCCUCUGGAGGCUUUAGCCAAUGGCUGUGCUUUCCUGAACCCCCGGAUGCACCCUCCCCAGAGCAGGCUGAACUCUGACUUCUUCAAAGGAAAGCCCAACAUCAGAGAGGUGACAUCUCAGCAUCCAUAUGCUGAGGCCAUCGGCAAGCCCUACGUAUGGGAUGUAGAUAUGCACAACCUCACAGAUGUGGAGAGAGCUCUUACUGGUAUCCUCAGUCAAAGUAUUGAGCCCUACGUUCCAUAUGAGUUUACUUGUGAAGGAAUGCUUCAGAGAGUCAACAUCCUGGUUGAAAAACAGGACUUCUGUUCUCAUAGAGAGAGCUGGCCCCCAGUGAGCGCGCUCCAGGUUGUGAAGGCUGAGGCAAACACUUCCUGUAAAGAGGCAUGCCAGAAGGCGGGGCUAAUCUGUGAACCCGCAUUCUUCCCAAACCUGAACAGCCCUACGAGUUUUGCCAAAUAUGGUGUAGAUUGCCAAACAUCUCAGUUUUCUGACAGUAAUUUGGUGCUCCCAGCCUACAACGAGGAUAGUAAACACUGCCUGUUCCAGUCUGAUUCACUGCUCUUCAGCUGUGUUAGAUCAGACCAGUCCCUGAUUCGCAUCUGCCCCUGUAGAGACUACAUUAAGGACCAGAUAGCAUUAUGCAAGGAAUGUGUCUGAGUGCUAUAAUGGACAAUUCUACUGGUAAAUUCUGGGAUUAAAGUACAGCAGCACCUCACGCCAACGUAACCAUUUUCACAUGGCCCAAUUGUUCACAGCAGGAAGUCCACAGGAGUCAUUUUUGGCCUUUUUAAUGUAACACUGGCAGAUGUCUGAUAUGCAUCUGAACAGUACUGAUGUAGGUUUAAAUUCAGUGUAGGAGCACAGAGAGCACCAACUGAUCCUUCAUGUAGGUUUCUGACCUCCUCAAUAUAGUACACGCACAUGAAUGAGAACUUGAAAUAGUGUUUUAAAAAACAGGUGUCAUAACAUUGAAGGAUUCAGCCACACCCCUGUUCCAUUCAGCUGGGCAUGUGUUUGACAGAAAAUAUGCAGUGACCUUAUUCACAAACACCUGUCAUGGUUGGCCUGUCACCAUUUAGGGAUUCCAAUGUUAUUACAGUGUUGAGUAUUUAUGUGCUGGCAUUUGACAGUUGGUCACACGUCAGCUUCGCUUUUACAAGCUCGUCUCUGAUUAGGAAACCAAGUGAUUUAGAUAUAAAGCUGCAGCCAGCAGAUAGUUAGCACUAAAACCAUUAACAGGUCCCAAGAUAACAAAAUCUGCCAACCAACACCCAGCAUCCCUAAAGCUCACUAAUUAACAUGUGAUGUUUAUUUGAUUUAAACAAAACAAAAAGUCCAUGUUGUGGUUUUACUGGGAUUUAUGUGGAUGAUUAUAUCUUGGCCAGAUGCAGUAAUGUCCUGGAGCAAACUUGUGAUUACCAUGAAGCUGCAGGGCAGGCAACCAGCAGCUUGAUGCUCCUGCUCCUGUCCAAGAAAUAUUUUGAGGCAUAAACUACCAUGAAUGCAUUGUGUGUUAUUUUUACUUGGGGUUUUGGCCUUUAGAGGUGCUAAUAGGCAGAUUUUUUAAAAGCCCCAGACAAAGGCAGGCUAACCGUUCCCCCAUUUUCAGUUGUUGUGCUAAGCUAAGCUAACCUGCUGCUGCUAAUAGCUGCAUAUCUAAAUAUGAGAAUUGGUAUUGAUCUUCUGGUCUAACUCCCGGAAAUACAGCGAAUACUGGUUAAGGAAAAGGGAACCAUUCCUGCACUUUAUCCACUGUAGUACUGCAUAAUACCAAUUAGGCCAAUAUAGUAAUUUGUGCACUUAAUGUAUAUGAUUUUUUUAUCCUCCCAACUUUCUUUUACCUUGUCUUUUUUUACUUUCCAUAUAGGCACAGCAGCUUACUGUUCAGUUUGGCAGAAAUUAUACAAUUAGACAAACGUGAUUCCUUAUUAGUUCUUUAGGGAAGGGUGGCACUGGUGUUAGCAGGGAUGUGGUGCUUAGUCUCAUCAUCAGUUAGUGACUGCUCUAUGUCUGUCCCUCUUCUCUACCCAAUUUAAAAGAAGGCCUUCCGUCAGGGCUGUUUGGGGUUUGUGGGGUUUGAAACAAGACCAUAUCUCAAAAGUGCUGACGAAUAAGCAGGAUAAAACUUUAUUAAUCAAUAAAACUUUGCUCUUUGACAAAGACAUACUUCAUUGUUCUUUUACAUAAAUACAUGGUGUUUUACAUCAUCUGCAAUACCACUGAUGUCAUUAUUGUACAAACAGACAGUUAAACAUUCUAUUACGUACACUGUAGUUAGAUUUGUUGUCAGUUCUGUUACAUAUUUCCAUCUGUGCUUUGUAUGUGUGUGUGCACCUGUCAGAGUUUUUACAAGUCCAUGCAAAGCCUUUAGCAACAGGGAAGAAGGUUGUAUUGCUAUCAUAAUUUUGUGAAAUGAAGUAGUGUAAAUGAUUUGAUGCCUUUUCUGCACCAAUAAUAAGAUACACACAUGUCAAAAAGAGCAGAUGUACAUUUGUAUGCAAAUGUUUGGACACCCCUGGGCAAACGACAUACUUUGCUGAUUUGUGAAGUGAAAAUGCAACCUAUGCAGCAAACAGCAGAAUGCUACUGUAAUGCCAAAUGUUAAUUCACUGUUUCAGAAGCCAGCCUCCUUUCACUUUCGUGACUCACUGCAUGACAUUUUAAAUCAAUGAAAGAAAAAGUAACACUGCAUUAACAUUUGAAGAAAGGCUCAUUUUUAAUGUCUAUUUGUUGCAGGAGUUGUAUUUACCUCUUUUCACUUCAAAAAACAAUCUGUAAACUUCCCACAGAUGCCCACAUUUUGCAUGCAACUACAUAAUUUCAGUGAUUUGGCACAGAAUAAUUAGGCUGCAGUAUUAAACUUGUUUUUGGACUGUUUAAAUAAACUAACACAGUUAGCAGUUUCAUGGGGUCAUUUCUCACAAUCCUUGAACAGUCUUUUAGUUAGAUGGAGCAUGAGGGUCAUGCUGCAUGGGGCAGGUCACGGGGCAGAAGGAAAAAACACGUCUUGAAUGAAAUACAACUGCAUACAAGUGCAGCCCCUUCAAAGAUUUCCCACCCCUGAGAAGUGUAAGCGGGCCACAGACACAAUCUCAGAACCCAGCCAAGGUUUUUGGAAAAUACUUCCUGUCUCAUGCCACUCUCACCUGCUCCAGCUUUACUUUGGCCACUGAUUACUUCUGAUCACUUACACCUGCUGCUCAUUGGCCCUGUUCUGUCAGCCUUUAUAUUCAGUUGCUGGUUUGUUUAUUGACUUCUACUGUUCGGAUCCCUGUGCUGCUAACAUAGUGUUCUCAUUUACCAAAAGCUUGUCCUGCACCUGUUAACCGGUUUGUGCCCAGUUUUGUCAUUUAGUUUCUUUUCCCUCUUGUUGUUUUGUCUGUCGGCCUUUAGCCUGUGUGCUCAGUAGCUGGUCAUACUUGUCUUGGUCAUGGUCUUUUGUUUCUAGUUAGUUGUAUAAUUGUGUGUCAUUAGUUGUUGCCUGUCUUUGGCUCUUGUUGCCUUGUUCUCCCAGGCAGUAUCCCCAGUUAUUGUACCUGUCCCAGUCAUGUCUUUUGCUUUGUGAGUUUACUAUUCCAUCCACUAUUAUUUUUGUCAUUUCCAGUCUAGUCAUUGUUUGCCAUUUGUCUCUACCCAUAGCCUCACGUCAGUGUUGAAAUUGCACUGUCAUACUUGUGUCUCCUUGUUUAUUUGAACAGCUGUUGCCAUUAUUAAGUAUUUGAGUUCCUCACUAUACUUUUUAUGUUUGCAUUUGGGUUCCCCUCUCUCACACCAUAAGUCAGCAUGUAAACACUGUGCUUUGCCAGUAAGUCGUUGUAAAGAUUGUCUUUUAUGCAUCUAAGAGAGGUGGAAAGAUUACAAAUCUGUGCACCGUUGGUGAGUUGACGUGGUGUGAACUGAGUUCCACCUUCAGUUUAUAGCUAAUCCUUAUUCUUCACCCAAUAAAACUAAAGAAUAUCAAUUACAUAGUUUUGCACCCCAUCCAGUAUUUCAUCUCAUGCUUGGUAAUUACAGAGUAGAGAGCAGAUGUAGGCCCCUUGAUGGUCGCUGUCCAAGGUUUUGUAUCUGUAUUCAACCUGGGCUAAAUAUAGAUGCUCCCUUGGAUUCAGUUCAGUGAAUAUUAAUACUCUUGUCAUGGCGCUUCCAACCACAAGGAGGCUCACCAGCAUUAUGGAUCCACAUUCAUAGAAGGAAAAAAAGGUCACCAACACUCUACCUGUACCUUGACUAAUUGUGAGAAUGUUUGGUCACUAGUGAACUUAUCCAGUAUUUGUUUGUACAUAAUACAGCAUCUGUCUAUUUUUGUUGUCAAAUUAAAUCCAUUUGAAUUUGUACAAAAUCGAAUAAUUUGAUUUCUUAAUUAGACAAGGUUCUUUGAAUUGGAAAACAAAGAUAAAAAGAUAUUUGUAAUCAGAUAAAAACAGAGCUGAGUCUUGAAGAGUGUUGUCAGAUCACACCUACAUCCAGUCUGAGAUUUUCACUUGCACUCAAAACAAUUACAGUUAGACUUGUGAUUUCAUUUCACCAUUAAUCUACAGUAAUAUGCAAAACAUAUAUGUGCACUAGAGUAAACAUUGCUGGCUAUAUGUAACAUUGAUCAUCCUGUAUUUUAACUAUGAGCUGUCUACUCCAAAAAGCCUACUAUGCUGGCCAUAAAGCACUAUGACUAUUUGUGACUUGUAUUACUGAAGGACCCAAACAGUGUAAUAAACAUAUUUACAGACUAUGAGGUUUGUAUUUACAUUGUCUGUUGCACAUAAUGAUGAAUGAUAACAAUGAGGAUGUGCAGAACAAAUAGGUAAUAAUUAGAGAUGCAGACAGAGGAAAAUGCACUCUGCAAAUGAUUUGGACUGUAUGUCUGUGUCUUUGUGCUUAGAUUCAUCUUAGGUUUUAUCUUUCCCAUAUGUUACAGCCAAAAGGGGAAAAUAAAAUAUUAAUAAAAGUAAUAAAUACCCCAACCUGAUUAAGUACAAACUUCCAUA